AUGACUGGAGAACCAAUUUUCCUCGUCCCAGCCAGUGACGAAUACUAUGAUCUUGGCUCAUUUGGCCACACGAUAACUACCACCAGCGCCGAUACCCAAACUUGGUUCAAUCGAGGCUUAACAUGGGUGUAUUCAUUCAAUCAUGUAGAAGGUGCCUAUUGCUUUGAGCAGGCUAUUGCGCAUGACCCGGCUUGCGCGAUGGCAUACUGGGGUCUGGCGUACGCAGUUGGCCCAAACUACAACAAGCCGUGGGAGAAAUUUGACCACGGAGACCUCAACACCUGCGUUCAACGAGGCUACGAUGCCUCGCGAAAGGCCAAAAAAUAUGCAGCGAAUGCGAGUGCCCUUGAACAAGCUCUCAUCGAGGCCAUUCAAUUCCGGUUUCCGACCAACCUGCCGGCGAAGGACUACCCAGCAGUCAAUAAAUGCUAUGCUGCCGCUAUGAAGCCUGUCUAUGACAUUUUCGGGCGUGAUCUCGAUGUUGCCACGCUCUAUGCAGAUGCAUUGAUGAAUGUGCACCCUUGGGCAUUGUGGGACCUCUUUACUGGCAAAGCGAACCCCAAAGCCCCCACCAUGGAAGUGAAAGCCGUGCUAGAACGGGCGCUUGCGCAGGAAGAGGAUGGUGCAUAUUUGAAUCCCGGCCUGCUUCACCUUUACAUUCACUAUAUCGAGAUGUCGCCGGCCCCAGAGCUAGGGAUCAACGCAGCCGAUCAGCUACGUGAUCUCAUCCCAGAUGCUGGUCACGUCCGUCAUAUGCCCACGCACUUGGAUAUCCUCAUUGGCGAUUGGAGGCGCUCCAUGGCAUCAAACUACAAGUCGACUCUGGCUGAUGACAAAUAUUUCCAAAAGAAAGGCGCGAAGAACUUCUAUACGUUCUAUCGCAUGCACGACUAUCACUCUUUGAUCUACGCGGCUAUGUUUGCGGGCCAAUCUAAGACUGCUCUCGACGCAGUCACUCGCAUGGAAGCCACACUGCCCGAGGAAGUCCUUCGGAUCGAGUCGCCUCCAAUGGCCGACUGGUUGGAACAGUUCAUUCCCACUCGCUUGCAUGUGAUGGUUCGCUUUGGUAUGUGGGAAGAGCUUAAGCGCAAAGAGCUGCCCCACGACCAGGAACUAUAUGCAGGCACUACUGCAACUACCCACUACGCGAGAGGAGUAGCAUAUGCCGCCACCGGAGAUUUGGCUGCAGCCAAAAAGGAGCAGGAGCUAUUCCACGAAACGUGGGCGCGGGUCCCUGAGACACGCCUCUCCUACAACAGCAAACUCGUUGACGUGCUCAAGGUGGCUGCAGCAAUGCUAGAAGGGGAAAUUGAAUACCGUUCUGCCAAUUACGACAAAGCCUUUGCUUCCCUCCGGAGUGCAAUCGAGAUCGAAGACAAGUUGCAAUAUGCCGAGCCUUGGUCAUGGAUGCAGCCUGUCCGCCACGCAUAUGCUGCCUUGCUGAUGGAACAAGGCCAUUUGGAAGAAGCGGCGCAGACGUAUCGCGCGGAUCUAGGUUUUGACGAGUCUGUUAUCAGGCCGCGCCGGCAUCCUAACAAUGUCUGGUCACUCCAGGGAUAUCAUGAGUGUCUGGUUCGCAUGGAUAAGACGGAAGAAGCGGCUGGGAUCGAGGCGUCGGUCAAGCUGGCUCUUGCUGUCGCGGAUAUUCCGAUCGAGGCGUCAUGUUUCUGCCGCUUGGAUAACUCUUACGCGCCGCAGGUUCUUAAUGGGGCCCCUUCUGGUGGAAAAUGCUGCUGA